AUGUGGAAAUGCUCCCUUAAAGUUGAUGUAGAUCGUGCUGACGACUACGGUAUAACGUUUGAGCUGAACGUGAGCAGCUCUUUGCCGAGGCCCGAGUUCCUCAAAGAAGGUCACUUCAUGCGAAUACCAGUCAAUGACAGUUACGACGCGCGGCUGUUGCCGUACUUUUUUGAUGCUUUUGAAUUUCUCGAUAAGGUUCGAGAAGCGAAUGGAGUGGUGUUGGUGCACUGCUUGAUGGGCAUUUCCAGGUCACCAACGGUUGCCAUUGCUUAUCUCAUGUACCUGCGUUCGUUGUUCGUGAAAUCACAGAGGACAUCAAUCUCGCCGAAUUUCAACUUCCUCGGCCAGUUGCUGGAGUUCGAAAAGGUGCUGCAGGCGCGACGAGCCUCGUCUUCUCUCCCGCUGGCUUCCCCGAAUGCGCCGUUGCCAUCUGCUCCCGCGUCCUUGGGGGACAAGCCGCCGCGAUUUUUCUCCAGCGUGGAUAAGGAAGAGAAAAGAAGUUGCUCCGUCACGUCUUCGUCUUCCUCGUCCAGUUCCGGAUGUCGCAUGCCGCGUUCUUUGAGUUUGUGCUUCAAGCAGCAUCCGUUGAUACCUGCUGCUGCGGACUUAUCACCCACUACGGCGUUGGCCAAGUUGAGCUUCGAUCAGUCUCAGUCGUCGAAGGUGGGUGUUGGGAAGGAUCAUGUGGGCGAGAAAAGAAGCAUUCGCACCAUGGUCACGUCCAGCUCAACAUCCACCGUGACGACGUCGUUUUCGCGGCAUACCGUAUCCUCUACGAGUUUUGAGCGCCCCGCGCGGAAGGAGGAUGAGGAUGUGACAUCGCCUACAUCGAUGCCUGGCAAGAGUCGACGCGUCGAAGUGGAACUGGAAGAAGGUGGUGUCGUUGGCGGCGAGGGGCGAGGAGCACGAAGGCGGCGUUUUGGGCCAGAACGAUGGUCCGGAUUGUGUCUCAGCUCGUCUGGUUCCGCUGUGGGGGAUGGGGCGCGACUUGGUGGUGGCGUUGGUGGCGCCGGCGGUGCUGCCUCCGGCUCGGGGUUUCUGGCUUCCCGUUCUACCUCCGCGGGCAUUAUCAAUAGGAGGGCCAGGAUGGAGCCACCAACGCCAGCCGUUUCCUCGCAGAAUCCGUUCAGCGAAGCUUUUGGAGGCGGAUCCAGCACUUAUUCGUUGGCGCCUUCGUCAUCAACUUCUUCUCGGGCGUGGAGCGUGGCCCGGUCUGACUCGGCCGCGACGACGGCCACAUCUGGCCUCGGCUCGGAUAUCUGCGAUUUUGACACCCUUCACGACGCGGACUCUGAGUCAUUGGCGGCUUUCUCGGCCUCGUCGCCAAUUGAAGAACGCGACGACACGGACAGUGACGAAGAUGACGACGUCGUGGGCUGUGAAGACAGAAAGUGCUGUCGGUUGCGUGUUCGGAAGGCAGAUGAGGAAGAAGAGGAGGAAGCGGACGUUGACGAAGGGGUCUCGUUACCAACUCCGCGGGGCACGAGCGGUCGGCGGAGAUUCGGUGUCGGCAGCGACGACCGUGACGAAGAUGUCACUCGUGUUCGAGCACCUACUACUACCUCGACGGGUCUCACGUGUCCGGUCCGUCCGUCCACGCUGACGACCACUAUCGGAAGUUUCAAUCAGCCGAAAACAACUUAUGCGUCUUUGACCAUCUCGAGUACCUCGCCGGGAUUUCGGAUACCAAUGGAGAUUCGGUCAAUUAGCCGAGUUUCUCGACAAACUCUCAAACUUUCCGUCUCUGGGACAUCUGGGACAACUUUCUCGUCGUCGUCUCUCCCGCUGUCGACGAGCUCGUCUUCAUCUUCCUCAGUUCUCGGUGCGUCUGCGAUUCGCUUAGAACGAGAACGACACGACAGCGGGGAAGCGCGAUCCGUUUUUGGGACGGAAUGUGCGUCGCCGUUCAUGAGUUCGCCUUCGACACCGACAGAGAAGUCACCUGUCGUGUCCUCGAACCCGUUUUUCAAGUCAUUUGGCGGUCAGCAGCGAAUGGAAAUAGAGGAGAAGACGAGUGGGAAGAACACGACGGAGGACAUCCGGCAAACGCUGGCGAUAUUCGAGAAGCGAGCGAGCGAAGAGCUGGAGGGAAUCCGAAGGGAUUUGAAGCGACUGCAAGAAGCGCACUUCGGUAGUAGCACUUCGACGCCUCGUCGUUCGCGCGAAGAAAGCAAGGCGAGCACUGAAGCCAUGGACACGGAGUCGCCAGUUUCCGAAAUUCCCCGCGUGUUCGACGAUGUUCGUACUGCAAAAAAGCGCACUCCGGUGUCACAGUUGGUGUUCUCAGCGCCCAUGUACAGGACGCAAAGUUGUCCCGGGAUGCUGCCGUCGGAGGACUCGUCGUUGCGUUCGACUGAUGGCGGCGGUAGUGAGGGAGACUCUGAUUCGGACAUCAGGCUGUUUCGGCGUCGGCGGCGGAGAGAGCGCAUUGACUAUGACAUGACCGGUGCUGCGAGACAUUACGACCUGUGUUUCGACCGCAGCAAGAACCGGAAUCGGUAUUCGUGUGGGAACUUGGAGUUCGACAGUUGCCCGGACAUCCCGCACUUCCGCGGAUGCCAGAGCGCCUUUCCGUCGCCGCACGGUAGCUCAUCCUCAAGCGGUUGCCUUUCGCUUGAAAACAUUUUUUGA